AGGUGUACCAGUACUCGACCAGGAGAGACCGGAAUGGAUGUGACGAGCCGUUGCACCCUUGGAGAUCCCAACAAACUGCCAGAGGGGGUACCACAACCUGCUCGCAUGCCCUACAUCUCAGACAAGCACCCUCGACAAACCUUAGAGGUUAUCAAUCUUCUACGGAAGCACCGAGAGUUGUGUGAUGUGGUACUAGUCGUGGGUGCCAAAAAGAUCUAUGCACACCGGGUGAUACUUUCAGCCUGCAGUCCUUAUUUCCGAGCCAUGUUCACUGGGGAACUGGCAGAAAGUCGGCAGACAGAGGUAGUGAUUCGAGACAUCGAUGAAAGGGCCAUGGAGCUGCUGAUUGACUUUGCAUACACUUCCCAGAUCACAGUGGAAGAGGGCAACGUCCAGACCUUACUGCCAGCUGCUUGCCUACUCCAGUUGGCUGAGAUCCAGGAAGCCUGCUGUGAGUUCCUAAAAAGACAAUUGGACCCUUCCAACUGCCUGGGUAUCCGGGCUUUUGCUGACACUCACUCCUGCCGUGAGCUGCUGAGGAUUGCCGACAAGUUCACACAACAUAACUUUCAGGAGGUGAUGGAGAGUGAGGAGUUCAUGCUUCUUCCAGCCAAUCAGCUCAUAGAUAUCAUAUCCAGUGAUGAGUUGAAUGUUCGCAGUGAGGAGCAGGUGUUCAAUGCAGUGAUGGCCUGGGUAAAGUACAGCAUUCAGGAGAGGCGACCCCAGCUACCCCAGGUGCUGCAACAUGUCCGUCUGCCACUACUCAGUCCCAAGUUCCUGGUGGGUACAGUCGGCUCAGAUCCACUCAUUAAAAGUGACGAAGAAUGCAGGGACCUGGUGGAUGAAGCUAAGAACUACCUGUUGUUGCCCCAAGAGCGGCCGCUGAUGCAGGGACCAAGAACUCGACCACGCAAACCCAUCCGUUGUGGAGAAGUGCUCUUUGCAGUGGGAGGCUGGUGUAGUGGGGACGCAAUUUCCAGCGUGGAGCGCUAUGACCCUCAAACCAAUGAGUGGCGGAUGGUGGCUUCCAUGAGCAAAAGGCGCUGUGGAGUUGGAGUCAGUGUUCUGGAUGACCUCCUGUAUGCUGUGGGAGGCCAUGAUGGUUCUUCUUACCUUAACAGUGUAGAAAGAUAUGACCCAAAGACGAAUCAGUGGAGCAGUGAUGUGGCUCCCACCAGCACCUGCAGGACCAGUGUUGGAGUGGCAGUUCUCGGGGGAUACCUGUAUGCUGUUGGUGGCCAGGAUGGCGUCUCUUGUCUCAACAUUGUGGAAAGGUAUGAUCCAAAAGAAAACAAAUGGACUCGGGUGGCUUCCAUGAGCACCAGGCGCUUAGGAGUGGCAGUGGCUGUGUUAGGGGGCUUUCUCUAUGCUGUGGGAGGCUCCGAUGGGACGUCGCCUCUCAAUACAGUGGAGCGCUACAAUCCCCAAGAGAACCGCUGGCACACAAUAGCUCCCAUGGGGACUAGACGGAAGCACUUGGGCUGUGCAGUAUACCAAGACAUGAUCUAUGCUGUGGGAGGCCGAGAUGAUACCACAGAGCUCAGCAGUGCCGAGAGAUACAACCCCAGAACCAACCAGUGGUCUCCUGUGGUGGCCAUGACAUCACGGCGGAGCGGCGUUGGCCUUGCAGUAGUGAAUGGACAGCUAAUGGCAGUGGGAGGCUUUGAUGGCACAACGUACUUGAAGACCAUUGAAGUGUUUGAUCCUGAUGCUAACACAUGGAGGUUGUAUGGCGGAAUGAACUAUCGUCGGCUGGGAGGUGGUGUAGGUGUUAUCAAAAUGACACAUUGUGAAUCCCAUAUAUGGUAAGCGUCUAAUGGAGGGAAAGCCCUUGGUUCUCAAUCCUAUACAAACUGAAGAGACUUACUGACUCUGGAGCUCUGUGCGGCUCUAGUAAAAUAUAGAUCC